UGGGGAGGCUCGCUUUCUGAUGAAUACAGGUUGGAAUGCGGUGUGAGGCAGGGGGGGAUAACUUCUACCACGCUCUUCAGCCUCUACAUUAACUCGCUAAUCGAGGAGCUCAGCAGUACACAUAUCGGUUGCCAUAUCAACGGAGUGUGCGUCAACAACAUUAGUUACGCAGAUGAUAUGGUGCUGCUGAGUCCCUCGAGUGGCGCCCUCAAGAGCUUGCUGAGGAUCUGUGAGUCCCAUGCGGUGGCCCAUGGGCUUAGGUAUAAUGCUCGGAAGAGUGAGUUUGUAAUGUUUAGGCCUAAUAAGCCUGAACACCAUAGAUUCACUUUUGCCUCAGUACAGAGAUACCCAACCUUCCCGCAGUUUACUCUCAAUGGAGAAACGUUGAAAAGAGUGGAUAAAUUUAAAUACCUGGGUCACUGGGUUACCGCAGACCAAAGCGAUGGUACAGACAUGGAGAGGGAGCGCAGGGCGCUGUCUGUCCGAUGUAAUAUGUUGGCCCGGAGGUUUGCACGAUGUACUGAGCAAGUCAAAAUAACAUUGUUUAAAGCGUACUGCCAGUCUUUUUAUACGUGUAGCUUAUGGGUUAACUUUACGCAGCGGACAUACAGCGACCUGCGCGUGCAAUACAACAACGCGUACAGGGUGCUGAUGCGACUGCCGCGCUACUGCAGCGCCUCCACCAUGUUCGCGGUAUCAAACAUACCCAGCUUCGCGGCUAUUAUGCGCGCGCGCUGUGCCUCUAUAAUGAGGCGAUUACGCGGCAGUCGCAACAGCAUUCUGGGUGCCCUCUCGGAUCGAUGGGACUCGCCACUGCUACGGAGAUGGGUUGGCCUCCAUGCGCCGGAGUGGUCAGCCUUAAAUUAAAUUAUUUUUUAUGUAUAAUUUCGUUUUUAUUUUAAUUUUAUAAUUCUAUUUUAAUGUAAUUUUUUCAAUUUAUUUAUUAUUAAUUUUGAUAUAUUUUCGACAUAAUUUGUAUUUGUAUGGACUCAAUUGUCUGAAAUAAAUGAUUUUUAUUUUUUUUUUUA